AUGGCAAUCAUUGACAAUUCUACCUUGGUGGGUUUUCCAACAUCCCUCAUAUUAGGUAUUACUAUGUUCCUCUGUUUUGUCUACAUCAUGACUGUUUUGGGGAAUGGCUUUCUUCUCUCAGUUAUUAGUCUGGUGAAAACUCUUCAUACUCCUAAAUACAUGAUUGUGCUCAACAUGGCUUUGACAGAUUUGUGUGCGAGCACAGCACUUAUACCAAAACUCUUAGACACAUUUCUGUUUGAAAGAAGAUACAUCGUCUAUGAGGCUUGUUUAAGUUACAUGUUCUUUGUUUUGUUCUUUGCAAGUGUGCAGUCAUGGACUCUUGUCACUAUGGCAUAUGACAGACUGAUAGCAAUUUGCUUCCCUUUACGGUACCAUAGUUUUGUGACAGAAACAUCAAUUACUGCAAUCCUGAUUUUUGUAUGGAUUUUUUUGGUGAGUGUAAUAGCUACCAUGGUUGGUCUUCUAAAUCGUCUCUCAUUCUGUAGCUCUUUGGUGGUUAACAGCUUUUUUUGUGAUCAUGGACCAGUAUUUCGUCUUGCUUGUAAUGAUACAUCUUUAAAUUACAAAUUCUCGAUUUUUCUUAUCGUUAUAAUUGUCAUCAUUCCUGUUAUAUUCGUAGUAGUCACGUAUGUGUGUAUUUCCAUAGCACUGAGCAGGACUGCAUCAAGAGAGGAACGACUCAGAGCAUUAAAAACUUGUACUUCUCACCUGAUUCUUGUUGCUAUUUUCUUCCUACCAUAUGUGGGAACCAACAUAGCUAUAUGGGCUUCUUACACCCAUCCUAAUAUUAGGAGGAUCAGCGAGUAG